CUUUGGUUGGUACUUAUUUUGGAUAAGCUUGUGAUUUUUUUUUUUUUUUUUCGCUUUCUUUUUUACUUUUUGUAUUCCAAAUUUUUAUAUCAUUUCAGUCAUGUUCUCUCGUAUCCAUAUUACCACCCGUACCCUUACUAAACCUCUUCAAACUCGUACUAUGGCUUCCAAAGCCAAUUCUUUUGUCAAGUACAACUGGCAAGAUCCUUUGAACCUUGAAAGUCAAUUGACUGAAGAAGAAAUUCUCGUCAGAGAUGCUGCCCGAGAUUAUUGUCAAGAAAAACUUCAACCUAGAGUGACUGAUGCGUACCUUAAUGAAAAGUUUGAUAAGGAUAUUAUGCAAGAAAUGGGUGAACGUGGAUUUUUAGGUUCCACUAUUGAUGGUUAUGGCUGUGCUGGUGUAUCUUACGUAUCUUAUGGUUUGACUGCUCGUGAAGUGGAACAUGUUGAUUCUGGUUAUCGAUCCGCUAUGUCUGUUCAAUCUUCUCUUGUGAUGCAUCCUAUCAAUGCUUACGGAUCUGAAGCUCAAAAAGAAAAGUACCUUCCUGAACUUGCUAAGGGUACCAAGAUUGGUUGUUUCGGUUUGACGGAACCUAAUCAUGGCUCUGAUCCUGCCAGCAUGGAAACCACAGCCAAGAAAGUCAAUGGACAUUAUGUGAUCAAUGGUAGCAAAACAUGGAUCACCAACUCUCCUAUUGCUGAUGUGAUGAUUGUUUGGGCCAAGAAUUUGGAAGAAGAUGGCGCUAUUCGAGGUUUUAUUCUUGAACGUGGAAUGCCUGGUCUUGAAACUCCUACAAUCCAUGGUAAAUUGGCUCUUCGUGCAUCCAUUACUGGUAUGAUGAUGUUUGAUAAUGUGGAAGUUCCUGAAGAAAAUAUGUUACCCAAUGUCAAAGGUCUCAAAGGUCCUUUUGGUUGUUUGAACAAUGCUCGUUAUGGUAUUGCCUGGGGUGCUCUUGGUGCUGCUGAAGCUUGUUUGGCUCAAGCUCGUGAAUAUACUUUGGAACGCAAACAAUUUGGUCGUCCUCUUGCUGCUAAUCAAUUGAUGCAAAAGAAAUUGGCUGAUUUCGAUACAGAAAUUGCCAUUGGUCUUCAAGCUUGUCUUCAAGUGGGCCGUUUAAAGGAUCAAAACAAGAUUGCUCCUGAGAUGAUUUCUCUGAUCAAACGUAAUUCAACCAUCAAGGCUCUUGAAAUUGCCCGUGAAGCUCGUGAUAUGCUUGGUGGCAACGGUGUUUCUGCUGAAUACAACAUCAUCCGUCAUUCCAAUAACUUGGAAGCCGUCGUUACUUAUGAAGGAACAAAGGACAUGCAUGCUCUUAUUUUAGGUCGCGCCAUCACUGGUAUUCCUGCAUUCAAAUAGAUUAGGCUUUAAUAGUGUAGUUUGAUAUUUUAUUUGUAUUUUUGGUUUUACUAUUAUAAUAAAAAAAAAAAGUUCCUUUUUUUUAUAUAUUAUUAUAUAUGUUAUUUGACUAUGAUGAGAAUGUUGUUGUUGAUAGUUUUUGAUGAACCUGAC